GAAUAUUCUUCACUUAUCGUUUGCCGGUCUUACACUGUUUACGUUUUUUGCAAAUGUUGUAAAAAACGUAAUUUUCAAUGUUUUCUAUUGUAAAUAUUGCACAAAAACUCUUGUGAUUUAUUCAUAAUGUGCGCAAACAAUCAGAGACCCCAAACAACAUCACAGAAUGGCGGUUACGCCGGACUCUGCUACGAAGGUCGCAUCAGUUUGUAUUGUUUUCUGGCCACGGCGGGUCUCGUCCUACUGCCGUCAAUUCCCCAGAUAUAUUAUGGAAUUGUGCCGAAUGUUUGGGGUGCCAUUCUAUGGGGUCCAGUGCUGUAUUAUGCGUUAAUCAACAUGAUAAUACGUUUUGUGCUCAGGAACAGCGACUAUCAGAUUGGCAUACGUGCCUCCUUUCUGGGCUUUACAGAGGCAGUGAGCGUGCUGGUUAUUUGUUUUGCACCCGCACCAUGGCAGCAAUUUGGCGUAUACGGCUGCUUCAUGUCGUUCUUUCACUACUCCGAAUUUCUGGUCAUUGCGUGGGCAAAUCCGCGUACAUUGUCGCUGGACUCCUUUAUGCUAAAUCAUUCAGUGCAUUAUGGCCUAGCCGCAGCUGCCAGCUGGCUGGAAUUCAGUCUGGAGCUGUACUUUCUGCCCGAAUUUAAGCGUUAUGGCCACAUUUGGCUGCUGGGCGUGGUGCUCUGCACCUGCGGCGAAGUCAUACGCAAGAUGGCAAUCAUUACAGCUGGACGUAGCUUUACGCACCUGGUGCAGAACGAAAAACACUCGGACCACAAACUGAUAACCAGCGGAGUCUACGCCUACAGUCGUCAUCCGUCCUAUGUGGGCUGGUUUUAUUGGUCAAUUGGGACACAGAUUAUACUGAUGAAUCCGCUGUGCAUUUGCAUUUAUACGCUAGUCAGUUGGCUUUUCUUCCACGAUCGCAUAUACGUCGAGGAAUACUCCUUGCUCAAUUUCUUUCAAUCGGAUUAUGUGCGCUAUCAGAAACGUGUGCCAACGGGACUGCCCUUCAUCAAAGGCUAUCUGAUUGAGUAACAGAUCCAACAGCGGGAUCACAAAUGUCAUCCACACAAAUGUAAAUGAAAGCAUACAAAUUUAGCUUUAAGUUUUGUAAGGCCAAAAAUAUUAUUUCAAUAAUUUGUAUUGUAUUCUAUUGUUAUUUCCAAACGCGUAUCAUAUUAUAAGAAACUUUUUCUGCAACAACGAAAUAAAUUAAAAUGCUGUAUUAAUCUC